AUGUUUCAAGGUCAUUACGGCCCCGCAGGCUUGUUGCAUCUUCUCUUCUCCGAUGUUUCUUUGGUUUGGUUGAUGAUUUCAACUCAGAUCAUUGAUAUCUGCUAUUUUGCUAUGAAUUUACUCUGUAAAUAUGUGUGCCAAAUGCAAGUGAAGGAAUGUCCUUUUAUUUGCAGUGAGUACUCGACCUUGAAUGUGGAAUGGGCGAGAAAGGGUGUAUUGAUGCCGACCAAUAAUUAUGCCGUAUUUUCUCAUAGUUUGAGUGGAAGUGUUGUCUUGUCGUUGAUUUUGACUGUCCUCUAUGUCAUGAUUCGUGGACGAGGAAAGAGAUCAUUUCUCUCUCUAUAUUCAAUCAUGUUUAUGGGUGUUGUUUCUCACUGGUUGUUAGAUGUGGUGGUCCAUCGUCCAGAUAUGAGCCUCUUCCCUCCUUGGACACACUCAAGGUUGGGCAUGGGAACUUGGCAUUAUUGGUCACGAUUACAAAAUCUACUCUUGGAAUAUUCAUGCGUUUUUGUUGGACUUGUUGGAAUCAUUGCCACAAGAAUUAUGAAUGAUGGCAUGACCAAGGGAGUUACUUCACAAUGGAGUUUCUGGAUGGCAUGUGGAUGUUACAGUUUACUGGCAGUCGUUUUAAAUUAUGUUGCUCUCUAUGAUGACACUCCACAGAAAAUGACAGAAACGGCCGUGGAUGGAGCAGUGUUGCAACCAGAUCAUGCCAUUCCGGUUUUCAUCUCUUAUGUGAUUUCAAUUUCCAUUUCAUAUUGGAUGGACUCUUCUCGAAGGUCAUCCACACAAGAUGCAUCCAAGAAGAAUAAAUGA